GAGCCACCUGGCCAGAGAUGGCGCCGCUCCGAAGAGCAAAGAGGUGGUGAGUUGGGGCCGAUUGACCACUCGGAGGGAGCAUCGACAUUAACAUAUUAUUAUUAUUAUUAUUAUUAUUAUUUGCAUUAAAUAACACAAUCACCCUCCGAAGGUGGUGAACAGAGCUUCGUAAGGCUUCCAUAAGCUAGUGUGGUGUAGUAGUCAGAGUGUGGGGACUAGGAGCCGAGUUCGGAUCCUCACUCCGCCAUUAAGCUCACUGGGUAACCCCUUGGGUGCCAUUAGCUGCAUCUUUCCACCUAUCUCACAGGGUCGUUGCGAGGAUAAAAUGGAGAGCGGACAAGCUAGGUAUGUCACCUUUCGCACCUUAGAGGAAAGGUGGAAUGAUUUGUUUAUUGUCAUUUUAAUUAGUUUUAAAGGUAAAGGGACCACUGACCAUUAGGUCCAGUCGUGGAUGACUCUGGGGUUUCUGCGCUCAUCUCGCUUUAUUGGCCGAGGGAGCCGGCGUACAGCUUCCGGGUCAUGUGGCCAGCGUGACUAAGCCGCUUCUGGCAAACCAGAGCAGCGCACGGAAACGCCAUUUACCUUCCCGCUGGAGUGGUACCUAUUUAUCUACUUGCACUUUGACGUGCUUUCGAACUGCUAGAUUGGCAGGAGCUGGGACCGAGCAACGGGAGCUCACCCCAUUGCGGGGAUUCGAACCGCUGACCUUCUGAUCGGCAAGUCCCAAGCUCUGUGGUUUAACCCACAGCGCCACCUGCGUCCCAUACUUAGUUUUAUACAGCAACAAUUAAAUUCUGGGUUAUAUCCAAUAGCGCCUGUCAGCUGACUGUGGAAUGAGGACCGGAUCACUCUUUCUUCUGCAUCAAAGCACCCCGCUUCGCCAGCGUAUCUGGGACGUAGAAUUACAAGGCCACAUGAGCGAAAUGAUCAAACAUCCAGCAAUAAGGGACCAUGGGAGAGGUUUCUCUCCAGCUAACUAUCUGUCAGGUCUUCAGGUACCCAAAUACAGACGGUCUUUUACCCUCGCCAGAUUCAACGUUCUCCCUUCUGCCUUACUUCAGGGCAGAUUUGAGGGUAAACCAUACACAGCACGGGUUUGCCCCUGUGGCUCGUUGGAAGUUGAAACUGCUUCACAUGUACUAUUACAUUGUCGUCUUUAUGAGGAUAUACGUUUGACUUUUAUUACACCUGUUUUGCAAAAGUCCAGGAAAGAAUCGGAACACCAUAGUUUAAAACUACUGCUAGAGGACAAGAAUCCCAAGACUACAUUAAAUGUAGCCAAAUUCUGUGCGUCUGCAAUUAAUCGCAGGAAGCAAGUGGUAUCCCAUAAUGACCAAACCCACAAAUGUUAAUUACAGGGGCCCCGCUAAUAAUUAAUUUUAAUUUUUUAUAUUUAAAUCCUUGUUAUAUUCAUAUUGUCCUCUGUAUUUCUGAUAUUUUUUUUUAUGAUCUGUGAUAUUGUGUGUGUUGACGCUGGUCUGUGACCGUAUUAAUAAAUUCAUUCAUUCAAGCACCCCGCUUCCCCAAAAAAUGCACCCCUAAAACCUGCUCCAAAGGGUUAUGUGGCUGGGGAAACCCAUCCAGAUGGUCAGGGUAAUAAUAAUAAUAAUAAUAAUAAUAAUAAUAAUAUUGGAAGGGAGGGCCUUUUCCACUUGUAUUUUUCAAGGAUCGGGGCCACUUAUAGCAGUGCGCACUCCCAGAACCCCACACAAGUGUCCAGCCAAGAUGGGGAUCCAGAUCCGUGCUCAAAUGCAAGUCUUGCUGGGCCUAGUCUACCUCGCAGGGUUGCAGCGAGGAUUUUGGGGGGGGGAAAGGGAUCGAAACCGCUUCUCUGUUUUGGCUUCCAGCUUUCCAGCUCCGGCCUCCUCCUCCAGGAAUGGUUCCGGCUGUCCAGCCAAAAGGCCUCUCUGGCCGGAGAGGUGGCCCAGCACCUGAUGGCGUUUGCCGAAAUCUCCCCCGCGUUACUGACGCACGUCGUCAACCUCUCCGACGGCAAUGGCAACACCGCUCUUCACUACAGCGUCUCGCAGUCCAACUCGACAUCGUCCAGCUUUUGCUGGACACAGGUGAGUGGCCCUAAGGUCAGGGGUCGCCAACGUAGUCCUCCUGCAGCCAGGAAUGGAGGAGAAAUCCUGUUCCGUUUGCGUUUAAAGGAGAAUUAGUCUAAUUCAGACCUCAUUUUUGUAAUUAUAUAUAUCUAGAGAGAGAGAGUUUCUCUAUAAAAGUUGCAUUUGUUAUUCAACAAAACUAGUGUGACUUCCCACUUACCCAGCAUCGAUGUUCACAAUUCAAAUUACAUGCAAUCGCUCCAUCUUAUCUAAUUUCUUUUUUUUUUUAAUGAUAUUUAUUGACAAAUCUUUAGAGUUACAAAAGAGAACAAAGCAGAAAAAGAAAAAGAAAAAACAAACCACAUCAAACAAUACAAAUUCAAAAAACAAAAAUACACCACAAACACACAAAAACAAAUCCAUCAUUCUCGAAUCCUCAACUUUCAUUACCUUCUUUCUUUGACCUCCUCCUCCUCCCUUUUUUUGUAUCCUAGUUGUUAAUUGUCGCAGCAAAUCCUUUCCAUAUUUCAUAAUAUUCUGUCAUUACAUUACCUUAAUCUAUUUUCAUCUUAUCUUAUAAAGAACCUUAAAACUUAAAACUUAAAUCUUAUUUUUACCAACUUCUCAUAACCAUAAUAUUCUUACAUAAGUCUUUAAACAUUUUUGCUAACGCCAAGUAAUUUCGUUCCAACAUUUUUCUAACAUUCAUCAAUUUUAUAAAACAAUCCUAGUAAUAAAAAAAAAGAAAUAAAAACAAUCCAAUCUUAUCUAAUUUCAUCCUCUCUAAUGUGUUUCUUGGGACGCUGUGGGUUAAGCCACAGAGCCUAGGACUUGCCAAUCAGAAGGUCGGCGGUUCGAAUUUCCGUGACGGGGUGAGCUCCUGUUGCUCGGUCCCUGCUCCUGCCAACCUAGCAGUUCAAAAGCACGUCAAGUGCAAGUAGAUAAAUAGGUACCACUCCGGCGGGAAGGUAAACGGCGUUUCCGUGUGCUGCUCUGGUUUCGCCAGAAGCGGCUUAGUCAUGCUGGCCACAUGACCCGGAAGCUGUACACCGGCUCCCUCGGCCAAUAAAGCGAGAUGAGCGCCGCAACCCCAGAGUCGGCCGCAACUGGACCUAAUGGUCAGGGGUCCUUUACCUUUACCUUAAUGUAUUUCUUAAUUUAUUCUGCUGCUUUCUUACACUUCUAACCCUACUGCGGUCUUCACAUUUAUAGGAAAUACCGUAUUUUUCGCCCCAUAGGGCACACCGGCCCAUAGGGCGCACCUAUUUUUUGGGGGGGGGAUAAAGAAAAAAAAUUUAUUUUUCCCCAGGCGCGGGGCUGGGGCGGGGGAAGCCCGAGCUUCCCCCGACCCCAGCCCCCAGAACAAGCUGGUAUCCGCAGGGAUGCAGGCAGCUCUCCGCAAGCCGUGGGAGCCCAGCACGAAGUCAUGCUGGGCUCCCACGGCUUGUGCAGAGCUGUGCGAAGCCCGAAGCCUGGGGCGCGCUGAGCUCAGUGCGCCCCAGGCUUCGGGAUGCAGGCAGCUCUCUGAAAGCCGUGGGAGCCCGGCGGGAACUUCUGCUGGCUCCCAAGGCUUGCGGAUAGCUUCCUGAAGCCUGCAUUCGCCCCAUAGGACGCACACACAUUUCCCCUUCAUUUUUGGAGGGGGAAAAGUGUGUCCUAUAGGGGGGAAAGUGCGUCCUAUAGGGCGAAAAAUACAGUAACUUUUUACAUUCACUAGAAAGGGUUUCCAGCCUUCUUUAAAAGAUUCUGAAUUUGUAUCUUUUUAUCCGUGCCAUCAAUUCUGCCAUCUCUGCAUGCUCCAAGAUUUUCACCAACCCUUCUUCCUUUUAGGGUGAGUUCUCUUCUCCUCCCAUUUCUGAGCAGAGAGAAUCCCUGCUGCUGUAGUCACAUCCAUAAAUGCCGUCCAUUUCAUAGAAUCAUAGAAUUGGAAGAGACCACAAGGGCCAUCGAGUCCAACCCCCUGCCAAGCAGGAAACACCAUCAGAGCACUCCUGACAUAUGGUUGUCAAGCCUCUGCUUAAAGACCUCCAAAGAAGGAGACUCCACCACACUCCUUGGCAGCAAAUUCCACUGUCAAACAGCUCUUACUGUCAGGAAGUUCUUCCUAAUGUUUAGGUGGAAUCUUCUUUCUUGUAGUUUGGAUCCAUUGUCCGUGUCCGCUUCUCUGGAGCAGCAGAAAACAACCUUUCUCCCUCCUCUAUGUGACAUCCUUUUCUAUAUUUGAACAUGGCUAUCAUAUCACCCCUUAGCCUCCUCUUCUCCAGGCUAAACAUGCCCAGCUCCCUUAGCCGUUCCUCAUAAGGCAUCGUUUCCAGGCCUUUGACCAUUUUGGUUGCCCUCCUCUGGACACGUUCCAGUUUGUCAGUGUCCUUCUUGAACUGUGGUGCCCAGAACUGGACACAGUACUCCAGGUGAGGUCGCUGCUUAGUGUCCCCAGCAGGAAGCAUUCUGGCCUCUUGGGGAAAAAGUCAUUUUGAAAAUUUUAUUAAUUUCAUUAUACUGCAUAUCAUGUCCCCAAAGGCCUUUGCCUUCACACUUCUUAAAUCAAUACACAAACUGGAAUACAGCCAUAACUCUGGAAUUUGCACAUCUCCAAAUUCUGCAACGCCGUUCUCCAACCCAAGGAAUGGGUGUGAAAGUUUACUAGGGUUUUUCUUUAGUUGCCUUAGUCGUACUCGACUCUCCGUGACCCCAUGAACCAGAGCAUGCCUUGGAAAUUCUCACUUUCUUCUCAAAGCUUCUCCUUUUUUAUGUCCAUGGAGUUUUAUUGGCAAAAUACUGGAGUGGAUUGCCAGUUCCUUCUCCAGGUGGAUCACAUUAGGGGUAGCGCUGUGGGUUAAACCACAGAGCCUAGGACUUGCUGAUCCGAAGGUCGGCGGUUCGAAUCCCCAUGACGGGGUGAGCUCCCGUUGCUCAGUCCCUGCUCCUGCCAACCUAGCAGUUCGAAAGCAAUCUAAGUGCAAGUAGAUAAAUAGGUACCGCUCCGGCGGGAAGGUAAACGGCGUUUCCAUGCGCUGCUCUGGUUCACCAGAAGCGGCUUCGUCAUGCUGGCCACAUGACCCGGAAGCUGUACGCCGGCUCCCUCGGCCAAUAAAGCAAGAUGAGCGCCGCAACUCUAGAGUCGGUCACGACUGGACCUAAUGGUCAGGGGUCCCUUUACCUUUACCUAGGGGUAGGCAACCUGAGGCCCAGGGGCCGAAUGCGGCCUAAUCCCCUUCUAAAUCUGGCCCGCGGACGGUCCGGGAAUCAGCAUGUUUUUACAUGAGCAGAAUGUGUCCUUUUAUUUAAAACGCAUCUCUGUGUUAUUUGUGGGGCCUGCCUGGUGUUCUUACAUGAGUAGAAUGUGUGCUUUUAUUUAAAAUGCAUCUCUGAUUCCCGGACCGUCCCCGAGCCGGACUUAGACAGCCAUGAGUAGAGUACUUGCAUCAGUUUCUUGCAUUUUUUCUCCUCGUCUCCCCAGGGAUCUGUAAUGUUAACUACCAGAACAAAGCUGGCUACACAGCUCUGAUGUUAACUGCACUAGCAACUGUACAGCAGGAAGAGGAAAUGGCCGUUGUCCGGAGACUUUUCAGCAUGGGGAAUGUCAAUGCGAAAGCUAGCCAG